UAAAGUUGAAAGGUUACAAUUUUGUUGUCUUUGUAUAAAGGAGUGGAGCUCGAUCUCGCAUCACUCUUCCCUCUUCCCCGAGUCCUUUUUAAACUCUCCCCCGGGUUUCUACCCUCCCGAACCUCUCCCCUUCUACCCUUACAACCCCAACCCUCCCCCCUUUCACUUUGCAGCCCGAGAAGCAGGUUCAUCUCUGUGACUAAAGACUCCAGUUUUGUGCUGACACUAUAGUUGCCGUUAUGGACUCUGGAGUGAUUGAAGGCGGGCUCAAUGUCACCCUCACCAUUAGGCUGCUCAUGCAUGGCAAGGAAGUUGGAAGCAUCAUCGGAAAGAAAGGUGAAUCUGUGAAGAAGAUGAGAGAAGAGAGUGGCGCUCGCAUCAACAUUUCUGAAGGCAAUUGUCCUGAGAGGAUCAUUACUUUGGCAGGUCCGACCACUGCCAUCUUUAAAGCGUUUUCCAUGAUCAUUGAAAAGUUGGAAGAGGAUAUAAGCAGCUCAAUGACAAACAGCACAGCUACCAGCAAGCCACCAGUGACCCUACGCAUUGUGGUGCCUGCCAGCCAGUGUGGCUCCCUCAUUGGGAAAGGAGGUUGCAAGAUCAAGGAAAUUCGAGAGUCAACUGGUGCUCAGGUACAAGUGGCAGGAGACAUGCUACCCAACUCCACGGAGCGUGCCAUCACCAUUGCUGGCACUCCCCAGUCAAUAAUUGAGUGUGUAAAACAGAUCUGCGUGGUCAUGCUUGAGUCUCCCCCUAAAGGGGUCACUAUCCCCUACAGACCCAAGCCUUCAGGAUCCCCUGUGAUCUUUGCUGGUGGACAGGCAUAUGCUGUACAAGGACAGCACGCGAUCCCACAGCCGGAUUCUUCCUCUGCUGCUAUUUCUCCACAGCUCACCAAGCUUCACCAGCUGGCUAUGCAGCAGACUCCCUUCCCGAUUGCAGCAGGCAACCAGGGAUUCACUGGAAUAGAUGCUUCUGCUCAAACCAGUUCUCACGAGAUGACCAUUCCAAAUGACCUUAUUGGAUGCAUCAUUGGCCGCCAGGGAGCCAAGAUCAACGAGAUCAGGCAAAUGUCUGGUGCCCAGAUCAAGAUCGCAAAUCCAGUGGAUGGAUCAACCGAUCGCCAGGUUACCAUCACAGGCUCGCCUGCCAGCAUCAGUCUCGCUGAGUACCUCAUCAACGCCAGGCUUUCCUCCGAGACCACAGGACUGGCCGCCAACUGAUAGGACACUGCAUCUGCACUAAAUCUCACUUUUCUAUCAUCGGCUACCAUAAAGCAGUCAAUGCAACUAUCCCAACUUCAGAGUUUAUAUAUUGUUGUACGUCCUCUUCCUCAUUUCGAAUCACUUCAGGCGCCAUCAGUUUAUUUAUUUUUUCCUCUAGUUUUUUUUAUCAAAAGAAGCAUAUAAUUGGGUUUUAAUUUUUUUUAGGCUUUUAGGUUUUCCAGGGUUUUUAGUCUUGCUUUUGUUGACCUAUUUACUUUAUUUUAUUUUUAUUUUUUUGCCAUGACAGAAGUAGAGUUUAAAAAUAAACUGAUUAGGACAUAGAUUUAGCUCUGUACAGGUCUUUUCUUUACAAAGAGGAAAAAUAAAAACAAUCAAAAAAGUAAGAAUAGUGACUGUUUCAUUCUGUUUGUUUUUAUUUUUGCCCAUAUUUACUUGCUUUAAGAAGAAAUGGCGCCUUCGCCCUGUGUCACCUUUUCAACAGAAGUGCAGCUGAAGUGCUUUGUAACGCGAGUUAUGUCACAGAUGAGAAGACAUAGCUGUAGAUGCACUGUCACUGAAUAUAUCUGGUUAUGAUAAAUGUUCUAACACUCAAGAUUAAUUUAUUCAGAUCAUUUUCAAAUGUGCAUUAAGACUCAUCACGUUUUCUCUCCUCUCCAUGUCAUUCCGGUCCCUCCCCCACCACCUCGUCUUGCUUUGAGAUAAUGUGUUGAUAUUUCCUGGGAUGGGCAAUUUUUUGGGGUUGGACUCGGUUCAAGGGAUCAGAAGCAGAGGGUUGGCCUCGCUUUUUUUGUAUAGAUUGAUAUAUACUUAAAAAAAGUUAAAAUAUUUGUUUUAAAUGGAAGAAUUUUUUUUUAAAACUACCAAAGUGGAAAUAACUUCUGGACACUGAUUGGUCAAAUAAAUGUGAUGAGGCUGAGGAGUGAAACGAUUUAUGCUUUGAACUAAACAAAGAAAAGGGUUGUGAGUUAACACAAGGUUCCUGCUCUUUGCUUUGCUCGACUCAGAUUUGUUUUUAAUUUGCAGGACAGAAAACCUUUUGUGCACGUUGUUUGAGACUGUAGACCUGGGUGUCACAUAUUGUUUAAAAAAAAAGCUGAAAUAAAGAUGUAAAAUGCUCAAACCA